AUGAAUGAAUAUAUUCCCAAUCGAUAUAAAAUUCUUCAGAAAAUUGGCGAGGGUGUUCAUGGCGUUGUUCUUAAAGCAAUCGACACUACAGAGAAUAACAAAGUAGUCGCUAUUAAAAUGGUUUCUCUUAGGACAAAAUUUGGAGGUAUAUCACCUAAUACACUUCGAGAGAUAAAAUCGUUACAACAUGCAGACAACGAAUAUAUUAUUUCAAUGCUUGAUAUGUAUCCGGAUUUGUCAGGUCUUGCACUUGUAUUUGAAUAUAUGCCAAAUACUUUAUACUCAAAGCUGAAAGAUGAAGAAAAUCCUUUAUCAAGGCAACAGAUUCAAUCGUAUACAAAAAUGUUACUUCGCGGCCUUUCAUAUCUUCAUGAUGAAUUAAAAAUUAUGCAUAGGGAUAUUAAACCAGCCAAUCUUCUAAUUAACGAACAUGAUGUUCUUAAACUUGCUGAUUUUGGACUCGCUCGGUUGUACAAUCCUGAUGAACCUCGUAAAUGUUACUCACCACAAGUUGCUACACGUUGGUAUCGAGCACCUGAAAUUUUAUGGGGAACUCAAAUUUAUGGUCCAUCAAUCGACAUGUGGUCGGUUGGUUGCGUAUUCGCUGAAAUGCUUCGCGGUGUUCCAUUAUUUUCAGGCAACACCGACAUUGAACAAUUAGCGCUCGUUAUAAGAACACUUGGAACGCCGAGUACUGCAGAUUGGCCGGAAGUAAAGAAUUUACCUGACUAUAAUAAAAUUAGUUUUCCAAACAGCAAACGAGAAGAGUGGGUCAAAAUUUUCCCAAGCUUUACAACGAAGGAAGAGAUCAGACUUGUUGAUGAUUUAGUGAAGUAUAAUCCAAAGCAUAGACUAACAGCAUCUGAAGCACUUUGUCAUGAAUAUUUUGGAUGA